GUAUAAUCCGGGAGACAGUGGAGGGAUGGGAGUCAGUGAACAAGAGACUGCUCUCUGAUUGAAAAACAGAGCUGCUGAGUAGUCACACAACCAGGACAGCUGCUGCUGCUGUGGACAUUGUAAGGGAUCAGAAUUUUACCUCCUGGAGUAGUUCAUCAUCUCUUUGUGCUCAUGUGUCUCCAUUCUCUGUGUUAUCUGUAGAACUGAGCUCCAGAUUAAAAGGAAAUUGCAGAAUGAUUGCAUCUGCCCGUCAGUCUGUGAUGAGCCUCUGAUUACUACAGAAAGCUUGAGUGAGACAGUCGGAUGAAUCGAGGACAAGCCAGUCGAGACUGCAAAGGGAGAUUCAUUAAACUGCUCUUCUCGUCGUAAGACGCUAUACCUUUUUUUGGAGGGUGCGUCUUCGUCUGUUUUUGUGUCUCUGCCGGGACCGAGACGGUGUUCCUGUGCCAGCAGUCUGAAGUGGCCGGUUGUUGGUUUCUGUAGCAGACAAAGCAGAGACACCCACACAGGCUGAGGCUGUGUUGAAGCAGGAAACCCUCGGAAGACGAUAAUUCUCCUCUCCUCUUGUCUCUGCAGACAUAGCUGACUACCCUGACCUGACUACCCUGACACUGACCUGACUACCCUGACACUGACCUGACUACCCUGACACUGACCUGACUACCCUGACACUGACCUGACUACCCUGACACUGACCUGACUACCCUGACCUGACUACACUGACCUGACUACACUGAUACUGACCUGACUACCCUGACACUGACCUGACUACCCUGACACUGACCUGACUACCCUGACACUGACCUGACCAAGAGACUAUCCAGACUGAAAGCAGCCGUGUCUUAGACUGACCCACCACAAUCUUUAACCGGAGCACCUGAAGCCGUCCCUGCUGGCUCCCAGUCCCAGCCAGGAUGCAGGUGUCGUUAGUGUGUACGGACCACAACCGUGGAGGGGUGAGCCGCAGUACAGAGGAACGGCUCAACCACCGCCAGAAUGCCAACAGCCCCAACACAGGCACCCGCAACAAGUUCAGGGCUGUGGCCAUGGUGGCCCGUAGUCUGGGACAGCUCACGGUCCAGAGCCAGCCCACGUCCAGCGACCAGAGCAUACGGACCGGCAUGAAGUAUAGAAACCUUGGGAAGUCUGGCCUGAGGGUGUCCUGCCUUGGACUAGGAACAUGGGUGACGUUUGGUGGACAGAUAACAGACGAGAUGGCCGAGCAGCUUGUGUGCCUGGCCUACGAGAACGGCAUCAAUCUGUUUGACACAGCAGAGGUCUACGCUGCAGGGAAGGCUGAGGUGGUGCUGGGGAACGUCAUAAAGAAGAAAGGAUGGAGACGUUCCAGUUUGGUGAUCACAACCAAGAUCUUCUGGGGCGGAAAAGCAGAGACUGAGAGAGGCUUGUCCCGAAAACACAUUAUAGAAGGUUUAAAGGCCUCACUGGAGAGACUGCAGCUAGAGUAUGUGGACGUGGUGUUUGCAAACAGACCGGACCCCAACACUCCCAUGGAAGAGACGGUGCGGGCGAUGACCCAUGUGAUCAACCAGGGCAUGGCCAUGUACUGGGGCACGUCCCGCUGGAGCCCCAUGGAGAUCAUGGAGGCGUACUCUGUGGCGCGGCAGUUCAACCAGAUCCCUCCCAUCUGUGAGCAGGCUGAGUAUCACAUGUUCCAGAGGGAGAAGGUAGAGGUGCAGCUGCCAGAGCUCUUCCAUAAGAUAGGUGUGGGGGCGAUGACAUGGUCACCACUGGCCUGUGGGAUCAUCUCGGGGAAAUACGACAGCGGGGUACCACCUUACUCCCGCGCUUCUCUUAAGGGCUACCAGUGGUUGAAGGACAAGAUCUUGAGCGAGGAGGGCCGGCGUCAGCAGGCGAAGUUGAAAGAGCUGCAGGCAAUCGCAGAGCGGCUGGGCUGCACUCUGCCCCAGCUCGCCAUCGCGUGGUGCCUACGGAACGAGGGGGUGAGCUCCGUACUCUUGGGGGCAUCCAACACCGACCAGCUGAUGGAGAAUAUAGCAGCAAUACAGGUUCUUCCCAAACUAUCCUCCUCAAUCACACACGAGGUAGAUAGCAUCCUGGGGAACAAGCCGUACAGUAAAAAGGACUACCGUUCCUAACUCACCACCACGCCAGCCAGCAGGGCUGUUCCAGGGCUGCUCCACCUUUGCCUGAUCCUCCGUUUGCUUGAGCUUUUACUGAAUUAGACCCCGGCGCAUGAGUCUGACCCCGCCUCAGCCACCCUGGGGAGCAUCAUGUAGACUUCCAGAGAAAAGGAUGAAGAAAUAGAGAGAGAUGGUCACAUCUGCAGGGAAGGAAGGACAGAUAGAAGAAAGAUGUAUUUUUAAAACUGAAGAAAAAAUAUGUUUAUAAAAAACAUGCUUGCUUGGCAGCCAGAUAUUUCAUUUUUUUUGCAUUUGUUUCUCUAAAUACUGAAUGCAUACCAAUGGAUUUAAGUUUAUACAAAUAUACAACAAAAACUCCGUUGCACAUGUAUGCCACACAUAAUUUUUUUGGGAGUUCUGUUUAAUAUGUACAUCAGUUUCUCUGAAACAGCUGUUAGUUUGUGUCGUCUACAUAUUAUCAGUGUACCAGCCUCCUCGCAGGCAGAACAAUCAGCACUUUACUAUUGUACAGUUCAGUCAUUGAGAGGUUGUAGAAUAUGUGAGAGGAUGAAAUAACUCAACUAUAUCACACACGGUGAGUCAUUGCACUGUAGGAUCUCCUCCCCUGUUUCAGUUUCCUACCUGUUCCCCUUAGUCAGUCUGGUCUCCACAGUGCUGGUUCAUAACAGACUGUUAUUUGACAAUAGUCCCUGGCCAACGGAAACACUAGUUGGUUUAAGUGGCAGCCCUUCCUGCCCAAUAGGAGUGAAAGCUCAGGGAUCGGAACAGUAUCUAAUGUCCAUGUCUUUCUUUCAUGUGUGGACACCUAAUGGGGACCUGUCCACUGUCAAACCAGGGACAUUUUCACGUGGCUUUGAGCCAAAGAUAUUCUAACAUCUUUCAACGCCACAUCUAAGUGGGUGUGGCUUGUUGGAAGAGUAUAGCAACCGUCUUAAAGCCUAUACUAUCCAGCUUAUAACCUAUUGACUCUCUUCACGUGUACAGUAUAAUCACUUGAUCAUGCUGUUCUAUGCUUAUACCCACAUACACAGUACACAUUAAUUGUACACUCUAUUUAGGGAAUGAUACGUUGAUUUUCAGAAGGCAGAUGAUAAUCUAUACAUUUUCAAUAAUCAUAUACAUUGCACCCUGAAGACAUCUGCCGCUGCCCUCGUAUUCACUCUCUGGCUGUUAGGUCCUCUCUUACUGUGAGACAAAGCGCAAAGUGGAUAGCAUGUGAUACGUCCUCCAUGCAUGAGCCUUUGUCCAACAGCCUCUGGGGAUUAUUCAGACCAAGCAAAGUCAUGGUUACAAGAGUAAACUAACACGUGUAAAUAUAAGGAAUACUCACUCCUCUUUCUCUGGUUCAACACGUUCAGUUUUCUAGUACUGUAGGUCAAGGUCACACGUUCAGUAAAAACUUGCAGUAUCUUUUUUUACAAUCAGGGUCAAGUCUUAAUGCUAUGUAUGUGUUUGUAGGUAUUUGUUCGUUUUUUUUAAUGCAAUACUAUCAAGUAAAUGUUGAAAUGUAUCUUUCAUGCAAACAUUUUUAUUAGUGCUUGGUAAUGGAGUCACAGCCAGUUAACAUAUUUUGGGGAGGUAUAUGCAAACCUGCGUAACAUGCAGUUCUUUAGUGAUAAUCCAUUAAUGUAACAUAUCUGAUAACGUACUUAGCUGACUAUAUCAUAAGUACUUAGCUGACUAUAUCAAGACCAAUUUUGGUAUCAUUUGAUGCAAUAUUUCAUAAUGAAAAUACUGAUAAUAAAAAGAGAUUUCCGGUAACAGAGUUACGUGGUAACGGCGUUAUAAACAUGCAAAAUAGCAUAUUGCAGUAAAAUGAUCUCUGGAUCGAUAUUUCUAGGACAAUUUCCUGAUUGAAUAUGUGUCAUGGAGCCAUAUGAUAUAUAUCAUAUCAUAAAAUGAUUUAAAAUCAUGUAAAGUAAGUAUUGUUUCAUUUCUGGACAGCUGUGACUCCAUCACCAAGCACUAAUCAAUAUUUUGCAUGAAAGAUAUAUUUGAACAAUUACUUGUUAAUAUUGCGUUAAAGCACUAACAAAUACCUACACAUGCAUAUAUUUGCAUUAAGAUUUGGCCCUGAUUAUAAAAAGAUAUGCCUAUUUUUUUAUAGUGGGAGUAUGACUCCGUUACCCUCCGCAAGGCCUUGCCCUUGUGUCAUUGGAUUGAAGGGAUGUCAAUCAUGGAGGGGCUGUGCUUCGCCUGUCAAAUUGAAAGGUGACGAGAUUGAGGGGAUAUUGAAUUACAAAAUCUUUUUGCAUAUUAAACUACGUACAAAUAUCCUUUCUUUUAGUUAUUUAAAUGUUUUUAGGUUGAAUACUUUAAAAUAUAUAUAUAAAUGAAAUCCAUUAAAUCAUUUUUACACAUUUAACCUUUGAAAAUAAUGUCCAAUGAUGAACUAAAAAGGAUAAUAAUGUUCUAAUGUACAUAUUGGAGAUUUGCUGUAGAAAAAAGGGGAGUACAGUCAUGCUUGAUUUUGUACAAAGUAACACUCAUGUUUAAACCAUCAUAACUUUAGACAGGAUACAGUUACAUACAUAAUGAAGUGUACUCUAGAAACUACACAAAGACCUUUAUCAUUGUAUAUAUGGCAUCAAGUAACUUGUAUUUUUUGUAUGUAGAUGUGAACCAUGGUGUGACCUGGCCCUGUAGUGUCAGUGAGUAGGGCGAAACUGACAUGAUGAGUGAAGUGUAGAUGCUUCUCAGGCAAAGUGAAGAGGAGAUUUGGAGAAUCAGAUUGAGUGAGGUGUGUAUGUGAUGCUAACGCCUCGGGUCAGACAACAAAUAAUUGGCAUAGAUACAGAGUCAAAGUGUGUGUGUGGAGGGGAAACAAAUCUUUCUAGCGUCUGUGUUAAAUGUGAACUGUACAUUUUGAUUUGUCUGGUACUAUGUCUUGAGGGAAUUAGUGGCAAAAGCCAAUGUGGUUUUCCCAGAAGAAAAAAAAAACAGUUUCAUAAUGUAUCAUGAUUUUCUGUCUUACUGUCUGUCAGGUAAUGAGCGAAAUGACCGGAAAUGUGCAGCAGAAAUGUUUCAUAAAAUAAAAAGCUCAAAGGCACUGUCACAAUGAGUUUUCCCUAGACAUAUUUGGUGGUCUUUGUCACACUAUCAAUUCAAUGUCACACGUACAUGCACAGAGCUGUGCACUGAUUUGUCUGGUGAUAAUUGUGAUGGUGUUGAAUGUAGCUCCAUCUCGCCCCCAGGGCUGUGCUGUAGAGAGAGAGGCUGCGCUGUAGAGAGAGAGUCUGCGCUGUAGAGAGAGGCUGCGCUGUAGAGAGAGAGGUUGCGCUGUAGAGAGAGAGGUUGCGCUGUAGAGAGAGAGGCUGCGCUGUAGAGAGAGAGGCUGCGCUGUAGAGAGAGAGGCUGCUCUGUAGAGAGAGGCUGUGCUGUAGAGAGAGGCUGUACUGUAGCGAGAGAGGCUGAGCUGUAGAGAGAGAGGCUGCGCUGUAGAGUGAGAGGCUGUGCUGUAGAGAGAGGCUGCUAAGUGAAGAGAGAGGCUGUGCUGUAGAGAGGCUGUGCUGUAGAGAGAGAGGCUGUGCUGUAGAGAGAGAGGCUGCGCUGUAGAGAGAGGCUGCGCUGUAGAGAGAGGCUGCGCUGUAGAGAGAGAGGCUGCUCUGUAGAGAGAGAGGCUGCUCUGUAGAGAGAGGCUGCUCUGUAGAGAGAGAGGCUGCUCUGUAGAGAGAGAGGCUGCGCUGUAGAGAGAGAGGCUGCGCUGUAGAGAGAGGCUGCGCUGUAGAGAGAGAGGCUGAGCUGUAGAGAGAGAGGCUGCUCUGUAGAGAAAGAGGCUGCUCUGUAGAGAGAGGCUGCUCUAUAGAGAGAGAGGCUGCUCUGUAGAGAGAGAGGCUGCGCUGUAGAGAGAGAGGCUGCGCUGUAGAGCGAGAGGCUGCGCUGUAGAGCGAGAGGCUGCGCUGUAGAGCGAGAGGCUGCGCUGUAGAGCGAGAGGCUGCGCUGUAGAGCGAGAGGCUGCGCUGUAGAGCGAGAGGCUGCGCUGUAGAGAAAGAGGCUGCCCUGUAGAGAGAGAGGCUGCUCUGUAGAGAGAGAGGCUGCUCUGUAGAGAGAGAUGAGCACCACAGAGCUCCUCUAUUUACAGGACCACUCUGGCAACACAACAGCGUGUGAAGUGCACUCUUGGAAGAGCUUGCUCCUUACUGACAUAGUGGAUAAUGCUAGACAAGCAGUGUGGAUGAUUUUAUAAGAAUUUGAGGUGUGUGAGUCAGGCUGUUUAGUGAGUAGACUCAUCGUUGCAGGCUCUCUUGUCUCCCUGUCCAGUGUUGCCCUCUGACAGCCUCCCUUUCCACAGCCACUGUUCCAUACAUAUCAUAGUAUUGAUGUUACUAUCAGCUCAGAAACCUUUGAAACCAGCCCUGUAGAUGAAUGAUGCUCAUCUCACAGAAUGCCGUAUGUUAGAGAUUAUUUUUGUAUGUUCGGGCCUUUAACGUAGAAGAAGCAGAAGAGGGAGAAUAAAAGUGUCUUUUUAUUUUCAUUUUCAACAUGCUGCAUUUUCCUCUUAAUAUCGUAUCAGUGUAAAGAUAGACAAAAUAAGCAAUUCAUUUGUAUUGUGUAUAUUGUGCAGAAUGCUCGCCAAUGAAUGCAAUGGCAGACUACCUUCUCUCAGUGAUGAUGCCCUAGCUAGUCAUCUCCUGUAUGUACAUAGUUUGACCUUUAUAUUUAUGGUUGUGGUCACCUCUGCCUUUUCUUUCUUUUCAUUUGCAGGCAUUGCUAACUGCACUGUGCUUCAAUCUGCAUUUAGACCAGAUGUACAGCUUCGUCUUUAAUGAAAUGACAAUGAAAAAAUAAGAAUGUAAAAACA